GCAGGGUAUUUAUGGCCGGGGCCCGGCGCCGCGGCCGGGAGCCGAGACAGCAAGCCGGGCGGCGCACGCGGCGCUGCCCUGGGCCCAGGGUGCCUCCCCCUCGGCUUGGAGAACGCUGCCCGGCCCGCCGCGAGGGGGAGGAUGGAGGCAGCCGCCUGGCUCUGAGCCCCGAGGCGCCCGCUUUCCCGCCGCACCACCAGGGCUCCGUCUCCCCAAGCGGGGAGCGCGGAGAACCCCGCUAUGGCGGACAUCCUGAGGAGGCUGACCGCGAACGAACCUUUACGACGGUUGCAGGAACAGCUGGAGUGCUGGGCGAAGAACUACAACAUAAGUGGACCGACAGGUGAAAGAAGCAUAUGAAAUAUCAGCACAGAUACCAAAGGAGAUCUUACUGAGACAAACUCGUGUGAUCAAAAUAUAAAUAACUGCCUUGAAUUCAUCGAGCAAAUUGCCAAAGUGCAGGGACAACUCUUUGGAAUCCUCAAUGCAACAGCUCAAGAAGGAGGAUGCGAGGAAGGUAUGGAAACGAUCAAGUCACGCCUUCUGCCGUGGUUGGAAUCUUCUACAGCUGCUUUCUUGGGAAGACCUCCUGAUAACAAGCCUCCCUGUCUACAGGACACAUACGAUAGAGACAAACAGAAAGAACCCUGCUUUCGGGAUCCAGACGCCCAACAAUUAAACUUCAAGUUGAGCUCAACCCGUAGUCAAAUCAACCAGCUCCAAGACAAGCCCAGUACUGCCUGCACAGCAAUGAGCGGCCAGCCUGGGCCCAGUAAUACCUGCACUGCAAUCAGCAACCCACGCGGGCCCAGUACUACCUGCACUGCAGUGAACAACCCGCCCGGGCCCAGUACUACCUGCGCUGCAAUGAGCAACCCGCCCGGGCCCAGUACUACCUGUACAGCAAUGAGCAACCCGCCCUGUGUGGCUGAAACUGGAAAAACUUGUGAACAAGCCAGGACAAGGUCGACCGUAUGCCUUUUGGCUGCAGAGGAGGAAAUAAAUCAACUAAAAAAGCAGCUUAAAUCCCUUCAAGCCCAGGAGGCUGCCCGCCAAAAGGGCUGUGCACCGAGGCGCCAGGAGCUGCUAAGAGCUGAGCCGAAAGGUUCGAUUAAGCAGAGCGCAGACCAGCAGGACCCAGAGGUGUGCGAGAUGUUUCAAAAGCAGAUCCGAGAACUGAAAGAUGAGAUAGCUGUCCUGUCUGCAGAGAAAUCUAACCACCAAGGAAGGUGUACCAGGAGCCAGUCUCCUAACCCUGAGUAUCAGUGCCAGAGUGACAACUACUGCAGCAGCAGGUCUACCAGCCCCUGCACAACUGUCGCCAAGCCUAGAAGCCCAUCACCAAAUCAGUCCAAAAUGUGCAGUAUGGCUCGCAAGGCUGCCCUCCUGUCCAGGUUCAGCGAUGCUUAUUCACAAGCCCGCUUGGAUGCCCAGUGCCUGCUGCGGCGCUGCAUUGACAACGCUGAGACCGUGCAGCGGAUCAUCUACAUCGCCAUUGUGGAGGCAUUCCAUGUGGCUAAAAUGGCAUUCAGACACUUCAAGAUCCGGGUGAGGAAGUCGAUGACACCAUCCUAUGCGUGCUCAAAUGACUUUGAGAAUGCUGUCAUGGAAUAUAUCGUUUGCCAUCUUGAUCUAUAUGAUUCCCAAAGUAGUGUUAAUGAUGUAAUCUGUGCCAUGAAUAUCAACCCUAAGAUCUCCUUCCCUCCUGAAGUCGACUUUUGCCUCCUCAGUGACUUCAUCCAGGAGAUAUGUUGUAUUGCCUUUGCAAUGCAGUCAUUGGACCCUCCCCUUGAUAUCGCCUUUGGGGCCGACGGAGAAAUUUUCAAUGAUUGCAAGUACCGCCGCAGCUACGACUCGGAUUUCACUGCUCCCUUGGUCUUUUACCAUGUGUGGCCUGCUCUCAUGGAGAUUGACAAUGUCAUUAUGAAGGGAGAAGCUGUCACCAAGAGAGGGGCUUUUUGGAAUUCUGUGCGGUCUGUAAGUCGAUGCCGAAGCAGGAGCUUAAGUCCCAUUUACCCACGUAGCCGCAUUGGUUUAAACACGGUAUCUCGAAGUCGAAGUCCAUCUCCAAUAAGAUGUCCAUUGUCAAGGUUUUAAAGCCACCAGAUACGUUCCUCUGCCACAGUUCAUUGUAACAGCCAGCUUCCUCUGUGCCUCCAUCCACCUGCCUCAUCUGUCUCCGGCCUCACUUAACAUGAUAUGAAAAGAGUUAAAUGUUUUGGCUUAGCACAUUUGUAACUUCAGAUAUAUUUCAUUUUAUUUUACUUUAUUUUAUUUUAUAGAUACAGAUUCCAUUAACUUCAUAAAAAUGAUUGUAUAGGCGUUUAGGAUCAUAUUCAUUUGAAGCAAAGUCCAUCAUGGAGGUCCAGGAUUUCCAUCCUGAAAUGUGAGAAACUAUAGUAGUUCCUGGAACAAAAGUAGACAAUCUUUAUUUACUGUGUUGUGUUCAAAAGUAAAGAAUCAUUUCACUUACAGGUUGAGCAUAAAUGUUACAAUUGUUGGUAUCAGCUUUUAAUCUGACACUGAAAUUGGGUGCUUUAAUAGCCUUUUAAGAUUUGGAAAGCAACCUCAAUCUCAGUUUGGGAUAGCGAUAGGUCAGUAUCAGUGACUCUAGGCUCAAAGCAAAAGAUGAUAAGGAAUAUAGUUAAUUGACUUGCCUCUCUGUCCUUACUUUGAGAGUGCCUGGCUUGAGUUUGUGAAGUACUGAACAUUGAAGCUACUUAGUUGAGGGAACUUUCUUGCUUCAUAAAUAUAAAACAGUGGUUUGAUUAGAAGUCAAUUUUGAAAUAAGUGUUAACCACUUUGUGUUUAUUGUUUAGGAAUGUUUCACUGUCUAAUGUACAUUACCUGAGAUAUACCAUUUACCUAUCUUACCCAUUUGUGUUGCAAAUCAGACCUCCUAUGAACUCAUUUGACUAAAAGUAUCUGAACUCAAGUCCUAAAACUGGGAACAUCACUUACUGAUUAUAAAUUGAGCUUAUCUCCCUUAACUUCUUCCUUGUGAAGUACUCUUAAAAACUCACAUUCAAGAUAAAAAUGACUUAUUUUCUUAAAAGUUUUUUUUCUGUUUUUCCCUACUUUCAAGCUAGCCUUACAAGUUUCAACCUUUCAAAGACAAACUUUGAAUUGGCCAGAAUUCAAUUUGCAUAAGCUCAGUGCCAAAUCCAGCAUCAAAAACAUCCAGACAUGACUUUUCCAGAGUAUCUUGCCUCUGUGCUGGGUGUUGGUAGUGGUUAGACGGACUCCUUCAGCCUUGCACCAUCGGGCCCAAUGGUCACCAGCUCAAUCUGAGUGUGAUUUUAAUUUUUCUCCCUCUUGGUACAUUUAUGCCAUCAUCUGUGUGAGGCCAGGUGCUGUGCCAGAAGGAGCAGUAAAUGUCUAUAGCUCCGGACCCUCCUCCAUCAUUUACUUGCUUUGUAGCCUUGAGCCAGUUCCUUUAUCUCUCAGAUUCAUUGUAGAGUGAGAAGGUUGGAUGAAAUUAAUCAUUCUCAUAACCCUAGCGAGCCCAGUGUCUCUUUUAUAGCAAACAUUUAUUCUGGAUAUCUUGGAAUGAAAGCCCAAGUUAAUAAUCUAUACACACAUUUAAUUUACACAGUGAAUAUAAUACUGCAAUUGUAACAUAAAGCAGAAAAAAAAGCUAUUUUUAAUAAAAAUGUAUUUCAAUAAAAAGCAUGGGAGGUAGUAAGUUAGAAACAAGGGAGCUGAAUCACUCCCUUCCUUAAAUUCAACUAUAAACAUUACACCAAUCCUAACAGUUACGGAAGUGUGCUUCCAUAAUCCUAAGACUGGGAAGCCACCUCCCUUCUCUCCAACCACAAAUACAAGACUGCCCUGAUGAUUAUUCAGGUGUAAUAUUAGAGGUUACCCAGAUUGCUGACAUCAACAAAGAAAAAUAGUGGGAGGUACCUAAGACCAGUGGGUGUCUGAUCCUAUAAAUACUAGAAGCCUAAGUUACAAAGCCUCUUUUGGUCUACUUGACCCUUCUGUCCAGUCUUGCUGCUGCCCCAUGGUCUUUAAUAAACUUACUACACACUA